UACUUGGCGUUUGGCUGAAACAGACUUGUAAUCUACAUACCGGUCUGUCCAGUUUCAAAAGUCAGACUCAGAGGUAAACACUUCUUUAAAGACUGACACUUGGAAAGCACUGUAACUGCAAUUUUGCACUUUUUGAAAACCCAGUAAUGGCGUUACAAGAUGGCAGUGAAGUGGAUUAAACUCUUCAUUCAGUGUUUCGUGCUGUCAGCUGCUAAAUGCGGCUAUUCAACGACUCUGUUUUAACUCCCUCACAUCAACCUACUCGGGGAAGCAAGUGUGAUUCUACAAAAGUUAAAAUUUCCCAUCACCCUCCAUCUUUGAGCUGGAAAUUUUUGCAGCCAUUUGCUUUUCAGGACACACCAGUCUGUCCAGUUUCAAAAGUCAGACUCAGAGGUAAACACUUCUUUAAAGACUGACACUCGGAAAGCACUGUAACUGCAAUUUUACACUUUUUGAAAACCCACAAUAUGGCGUUACAAGAUGGCAGUGAAGUGGAUUAAACUUUUCAUUCAGUGUUUCAUGCUGUCAACUGCUAAAUGCGAUUCCCACUCCCUUCAGUUCUUGUCCACAGGACAUGAACAGCCUGGAGGUCGACCUUUAUUUGAGCAACUGACUGUAUUUGACGGAGUUCCCAUCUCUCACUGUGACGGUUGGACAAAGAAAGAGGAGUUCAAACCUGCCCUGGAAUCAAGCAAUUUACCUGUAAAAUGUGAUGAAGCAAGUUAUCAUAUUAUAGAAUUUCUUCAUCGGAUUCCUCCACUUAACAGCACAGUGUACGUGCAGCGGCGCCGUGGCUGCAUCCUGUCAGCCAAUGGGAGUGUCUCUGCUUUUGAUGUCUGGGCAGUGAAUGGAGUGGACUUCAUAAGCUUUAACGCUGAGUCGCAGAGAUGGACAUCUUAUUGUCCCAUGGCAGGAACAGUUAAACAUCGCUGGAACAACAAUAAUGCAAGGAAUUCUGCCUUUAGGAACUUCAUCAGAGAACAAUGUCCACUAUUGAUCCAUGGAAUUAAAUUAAGAUCAACACAGCAAAGUACAGUGCUGCGUGUCUUUGCCAAGCCCAUAGUGAACACGGCCCAGGCACUGCUGAGGUGUCACGUGACCAGCACUGACAAAUCAGUGAGCUCAGUGCAUCUGAUUGAACCUCAGUACUCCAAAGCCAUCUGGGUCACUGUAACCGGGCCAGUGCCUUCCCAAGACGGAUCCAUGGUCCUCCGACUGACAGCUGAGAUCCCCCUGAGCUCAGACUCCAGCAUGUACGGCUGUAGAGUACAAACAGGAGGCCAUAACAUCACUGUCUUUUGGGAUGGAAAUACUCUCGAUGGCAGACACCUGCUUAACGUGUUAAGUGUCCAUUGGAAAAUUGUGACGCCAAUCCUUGGGUUCUUCUGCGUUUUGUUUGCAAUCACUGUUAUGUCCUGCGGAAUAAUAUACCUGCAUAAAUGUGUUAAGAAGAAGAAGUCUCAUCAUCAACCAAGCAUUGACCCACAGUUGAUUGAGCAGUUUGUCGUGUUUCAGAGGAGUGUUACUUCUGCAGACCUGUCGAAUGUGAUUGUUGCAUUCAUACAAGGCACAGAGAGAAGCAGAGACCAGUGGGACCAGUGGGCACAGAGGACUGCACUGUUAAACAAUGAACUUUAUGAUCCAGAAUACUUUGCUCAUCAAAUUGAAGGAGCACUGAAAUAGUUAUGCUUGCAACUAAGGAAAUUUGACUGGACUGGACUUUACUUUUUUCUUUACUUUUUUCUUCUAAUGUGAAAAUUAUAUUAUUACAUAUUUUAUAUUACAUAUCUCCAGAUAUGUCAGUAAAAUUGCUAAAAAAGAAAAAAAGUUCAUUUGCAAAAAAGUGUUUCUUAAAAUGAAUAAUCCAACACUACUUUGAUUAAUAUUCCCCUGAGACCAGGCUAAAAAAGUCAGUGAACGUUUCAUCUCUUAUGCUGCUCACCUCUUUUUCAGGAUGUAACUUAAGUUCACAUUACUCACCCACAGCAUCAUAUGACAAGCACUCUGCUUUACCAGCUCAAGUAAUAAAGACACUGCUGCUCGCUGAAGUUUGACCUGUGAA